AAUCAGAAGAGUCGAAUUAUGGCGCGGCUACUCUUCUACUUCAGUUUCAUCUGUUCCUCCAUGUUGUGGAGCAAAGCCAAUUCGGAUCAACGCUACUCCUUAGAAACAAGGUACGCCGAGGUCCCCGUCACCCACUUCGAGUGGCUCUCGCAGAUGAAGACCUUCAAGCUGCGCUACUUGGUCAACGCCAAGAACUUCGAACGCACCGGCCCCAUCUUCGUCUACGUCGGCGGCAAGGGCGACAUCAGCGUCUACGCCCAAAACUCCGGCUUCAUCUUCGACAUCUCCAAAACAUUCAACGCCAUGAUCGUCUUCAUCGAGCACCGCUACUACGGCCAAUCGCUGCCCUUCACCAACGAGUCCUUCAGCUUGGAUAACUUGAAGUACCUGACGACGAGGGAGGUGCUGGCCGACGUCAUGCUGGUGGUGAACUUGCUGAAGAAGUCGACGUACGACAACGCCUUCGCGACGGAGACGCCGCCGAUCGUGGCGUUCGGGAGCGGCUACAGCGGCGCGCUGGCGGCGUGGUUGCGCAUGAAGUUCCCGUACAUGUUCCUGGGGGCGGUGGCGUCGUCGGCGCCGAUGGCGUUCGGAUCGUCGGUGCAGAACUGCGAGUGCUUCUACGACGUGGUGACCAAGUCGUACGAGAAGUUCGGCAGCGAGCAGUGCGUGAAAACCAUCAAGCUCGGAUGGGACGUGGUGAUCAAUUUGGCCAGAAGUAAAUUAGGUUUGGAUUUCAUAUCGUCGACUUGGAAGCUAUGCAGGCGGUUGUCUUCCACAGACGACGUGGAAAGGUUGCUGGAAUGGUUGAGCAACAUCUACAUAAGGUUAUCGCUGAGCAAUUACCAUUAUCCCACGGAGUAUUUCAGAUCGUUGCCGGCCUUUCCUUUGAAGGUGUUCUGCGACAAGCUGACGACGUCGUUCUUCAACGACACCAGGGGCCUGAUCGAGUUCUUCGGGCAGGCCCUGCAGGUGUACACGAACUACUCGGGCAAGGCGGCGUGCAACGAGUUCGAGGAAUUGUCCGACUACGUGUUCAACUACCAGCAAUGCACCGAGCUGGUGAUGCCCAAGUGCUCCAUCGAUUCGGACAUGUUCAUCAACAAGCCGUGGAACUACAAGAACUUCUCGAUGGAGUGCAAGAACCGGUUCGGCAUUUCCAAUCCGAACGAGGAUUGGAUCACGCUGUUCUACGGCGGCAGGAAUUUGAAGUAUUAUUCCAACAUCGUCUUCGGCAGAGGGGACAUGGACGCGUACGGGUGUUACGGUAUUAACGGGAACGUGUCUUCGACGAUUUGGACGCUCGACGUCGCCGAUGGGCCCCAUCACGCCGAGAUGAGGAACUGGGACGUGUCCGAUAAUAAUUAUAUCAUACUGGCUAGGAAAACCUACGUUCAAGCCAUCAAAAAUUGGCUGAACAUGUUCCCUUAAAUACAACUUUACCAAUGUCUUUACUACUGCUUUCAAAGUAUAUUUUGCUUAAUUAGAUAAUAUUUAUAUCAAGACUCACUACAAACCGAUUGAUGAGGAAGGAAUUUUAGUUAUUGAGGAUUAAAGUAAUCCAUACACUAUAAUACAUAAAAUUUACAAAACCAAUUGUAAAAUAUCAUUACAAUAUUAAAAAAAAAACAACAGUUAGUAUUUUUGUUUUUUGUGCACUUCAGGUGGUACAUAAACGUCCUCGGCGUCGACUUUCGCAGACGAAUCUUCUUGUGGAACGGACAAUUCGUGCUCUUCGAGUGCCAAUUUGAUGUUCUCUUCGUUAUCGAAGUACCACAAUCGGGUUUCCUUUUCUUUGAGACUCUCCCGUAUGGCUUCGAUCUCUUUGAGCCUCCUGAUUUUAUCCAGUCUCUUCUUCUGAACUUCCAACGCCUCGUGCCGGUCCUCUUCCCACUGGACGAACAGCUUGCAUUGAUCCGCUAUGUCCCUUUCCGAAGUGGCAUUAACAGCAUCUUUGCAAUUUUUUUCUAAUACAUCUUCUAUGUUCGUUGAUUGUUCGAUAUCGGCUGUUGUAAGAAUUUUUUUAGCUUCGCUUUCGUUCGGUACUAAAUCUAAGAUUUCUUUGUGAAGUUUUACGUUUUUAUUUUUGCAGUCUUCAACGCUCGAUUCGACUUUAUCCAGUUUAUCGAACAGUGUAUUGCCGAGUAUAUUGAAGGAUUUACUCAACGGAUCGUCUUUAUUAUUAGUAAACAUGGCCAGAGUUUUGCCCACAAUCUUAUUAGGAUCCCUCAAAUCGAAAUGCUGAUCAUCGUAGGGGUUUCGAACGAAUCGUACUCUCACUUUAACCUCGUCUUCGGGUUCCUCGGGCGUGGGGUACACCGGCCAACCUUCGGGCUUCAAUAAAUACUUGUAGCAAUGCAACAGGCCCAAAUUGUAGCUGACGGGGUGGUCGAAUUCCUCUUGGAGCAUCAGCUGGCCGGCGAUCCGCGCUCCCGACGUGAAAUCCUUCUUCUUCCAGCAAGUGUCGAGCAACAGAUUCGCCGUGUAGUAGUCCAAGAACACUCCGUAGUUCAGCCUGUCGUCUAGGAUGUUCGUUAGAUUCUCGAGAGUGGUGUGUUUCAUUAGAGUUCUGAUUACGGCGUGUCCGGUGGAAUUCAAAGCGUUGCAACUGUCGGCCGAUAGUCUUAGCUUGUGUACGAUAUCCAGCAAUUCGUCUAUGUACUUAUCGUCGGUGACCGCGUUCGCGAAUAUAUCCACAUCGACUGCGCUUAAUUCUCUCGUUUUGUUGUGCCUCUGGUCCAUCUCGUAGAAAAACUCUUCGAGGUUUAUUUGGCGAAAUAUCGAGGAAUUCAAUCGGCGAUCCCACACUUCUUGGCAAUAGUACGCUUGCGAUAGAAACGUUCUGAUCGUUUUUUGGGCGACAUUAGCGCGGAGUUUCGUUAGAAAUAUGCUAGUUUUCGCUAAUUUAAACAUGUUUUCGAUUAGAAUGGUCGAUUUGUUGUGUAUUUUAAGAAUAUAGGUUAUGCGAACAUAACC